CAGACAUCUGGCGGAGAGUCAAGGCAAAGAGAGAACAGCUGGAUUUUGUCAAUGCCCCAGAAAAUUAAUACCAUCCCCAGAAGGGAGGAGGUUGUUUUUGGAAUUGGGAGCUUUUGGAGGCCGGCGAAAACCGACUUUUUUUUUUUUGCUAGUCUUGCAUCAAAAGCAACUUGGGAAGGGAAGGGUCAGAGAGAACUAGUGUGAUGUUGGAGGAAGGUUAGAGAAAGAGGGAGAGAGAGAGAGAAGGCGAGGAGUUAAUAAACUUGUAACUGGGGGUCGGAUCCUUGCAAGUCCAUGUUUUUUUGGGCUGUAAACAGAUGAGAUCAUCAGUAUUUUCAAGCAAAGGAAGGCGAAGAGAAGGAAAAGCAGCCUUUGGGGAAGGAAAGGAGAAGGAGAAGAGGACGAGGCAGGAGCCAUGGAGUUGUUCACCCGGUGCCUUUGGGCUCUGCUGUUGUUUCUCCAAGACUCGGUGGUUCACCCUUAUUCAGUCCCUGCUGAUGCCUCUAAUCUGGAGAGCGUUGUGGUGUCAGUCCUGAACGUCACGGCCAAGGCGGGCUCCCGGACUGUCCUCUCUUGCAAGAGCUACCGUAUGGUGUGGACGCAGGAUCGACUGAACGACCGCCAGCGUGUAGUCCAUUGGGACCUCUACCGGAGCCAAAUUGGGGCGGAGAGGCUCUGUGACAUGUACUCUGCGGGCGACCAGCGAGUCUACAGCACCUACAACCAAGGGCGGAUCUCCAUGACUGAGAAUGCAUUUGUGGAUGGCAACUUCUCAUUGGUGGUCAAAGACCUUGCUGAGAGCGACCAAGGCAUUUAUUCUUGCAGUCUCCACCACCAUUAUUGCCAUUUGUACGAAACGGUGCAAGUACAGCUCACUGUCACCAAAAGACCCAGAGAAGUGCAAGAGUAUUGGGACGGGGAGAAACCGGUGAUCGUGGCCCUGAAAGGCAGCACCGCCGUCCUCCCCUGCAUCAACCGGAACCAAGUCUGGACCGAGCGGCAUGACGAGGAGGACCAGCAAGUGGUCCACUGGGACCGCCAGCCGCCAGGAGUGCCCCACGACCGAGCUGACCGCCUCAUCGACCUCUAUGCCUCGGGAGAAGGGCGUUCCUAUGGGCCCCUCUUCAUGCGGCAGAAGAUGAACAUCACCGAGAAGGCCUUUGCCCUGGGCGACUUCUCCCUGAGGAUCUCCGGUUUGGAAGUGGCCGACGAGGGCAUCUACUCUUGCCACCUCCACCACCACUAUUGCGGCCUCCAUGAACGCAGGAUCUUUCAGGUCUCGGUUGUGGAGCCAGAACCAGAAAGGAAGGUGGUGGUCAACAUCACCCGCUCCAGUCCACCGGUUGCAGACCCAAACGCAGGGCACAGCCACAAUGUCAUCAACGUCAUCAUUCCGGAUAGCCGGGCCCAUUUCUUCCACCAGCUGAGCUACAUCCUGCCGAUGCUGUUGCUCUUUAUCCUGCUCCUGAUCCUUGUGGUUCUCAUCACUCAUAAACACCGGAGGAGAGGUUUUGAGUACAACGUGAAGAAAUAUGAUGAGAAAGAUAUCCAUCUCAGAGACUUCCCAGUUGAUACAACUGAUUUGCCCAACUAUAAAAAUGAAGACAUAAGGCUGGAUUACAAGAACAACAUUCUGAAGGAGAAGUCAGAACAGAACCGGUUCCUCCCCGCCAAAAACAUUGAUCUAGAUAAAGAUUUCCGGAAAGAAUACUGUAAAUGAGAACGACCACUCCAAGCGACUGGCUGGACCAGGAGCUCCGUUUGGAAUUUUUAAAAAAGCUUUCUUUUUCUUCUCUUUUUGAAAAAAGAAAUGCCACAUUUCCAACCACCAGAUCUUCUUUGUAGACUUCCUUCCUGUCUUUUUGGGGAGUAAGUCCCAGAGACAGCGAUAGGCCUUAAUUCUGAGUAGGCAGGUACUGAACUGUGCUCUUAAACGUCCUCUUUAUUAUCCUGCUUCCUUAUGUAUCCAAUGUUGCAUUUUUAAUGUAAUUAUUGAAUUAUUACCCAAGUCUUGUCACCUUAAGGCAAGCGUGGGCCAACUUUAGCCCUCCAGGUGUUUUGAACUACAACUCCCACAAUUCCUAACAGCCUCAGGCUCUUUCCUUUUCCCCUCAGAUGCUUAAGCUUGAGCAUUGAUGGCCCGAUCAUCAGCAUAGAUAAAACUCUUUGACCAUUCUCGCAGUAGCUGGUCAUUUGUGUAAAUGUUAAACAUUGAUAGAGAAAGCUUUGGAGAGCAUCUAAAGCUUUGGAGAGCUUCUAUUCAACCAUUUCAAAGCUCCCCGCUUGAGCAGUGAUGGCACGAUCGUCAGCAUAGAUGAAACUCUCUGUUGCUUCUGGCAGUGGCUCCUCAUUUGUGUAAAUGUUCAACAUUGAUGGUACAACCUGGUUUUCUCUGUAAUAGGUAGUAAGAGAAAGCUUCAGAGAGCUUCUGUUCAAUCAUUUCAAAGCUCCCUGCUUGAGUGGUGAUGUCACAAUCAUCUGCAUAGAUUAAACUCUCUGUCCAUUCUGGCAGUGGCUGAUCAUUAGUGUAAAUGUUAAACAUUGAUGACGCAAGCUAGUGUUCCCUGUAAUAGGCAGUAAGAGCACCUAAAGCUUUGGAGAGCUUGUCUUCAACGAUUUCAAAGCUCCCUUCUUGAGUGGUGAUGGCACAAUCGUCAGCAUAGAUGAAACUCUCUGUCCCUUCUGGCAGUGGCUGGUCAUUUAUGUAAAUCUUAAACAUUGAUGGUGCAAGCUUCUGAGAGCUUGUCUUCAACAUUUCAAAGCUCCCCGCUUGGGCGGUGAUGGCACGAUCAUCAGCAUAGAUUAAACUCUCUGUGCCUUCUGGCA